UAGUGGCCCGCCAAAACACCGCGCAAUCAGUCCAGGGCAAGCGCAAAACAACCCACACCCAGCACCAACUCCAUCUUGAGUUCUUUGCUGAUCUCGAGACUCCCUCGGCCUUCCGGACCAUUGCAUUAAACACAACAUCACGCAAAGUCUAGUCUGCUUCACAAGCAUACUUCAGAAAUACAAUACACAAUAUACAAUACACCACCUUGGCAUUGACCAUUGAGACAUCGUCGACCAAUUGCUACGUGUAAAGCGCAGCUGUGAUGCAGCUUGCCUGCCAAUCAUCACCAUGCGUCUAAUUACAAUUCUGCUCGCGAUCGCACUCGUUCUGGUCCUGGCGUUGGCCAAGGAAGACUACUACAAGAUCCUGGGGCUGGACCGCUCCGCCUCGGAACGGGAUAUCAAGCGCGCGUACCGGACGCUGAGCAAGAAGUUCCAUCCGGAUAAGAAUCCAGGCGACGAGACGGCGCGGGAGAAAUUCGUCGAAAUCGCCGACGCGUAUGAUGUCCUCUCUACACCGGCCACGCGGAAAAUCUACGAUCAAUACGGACACGAGGGCAUCGAGCAGCACCGGCAGGGCGGGACGGCAGGACGGCCCGCGAACGACCCCUUCGAUCUGUUCUCGCGGUUCUUCGGCGGCGGCGGACACUUUGGGCAUGCGCCGGGCCACCGGCGCGGUCCGGACAUGGAGAUGCGGGUGGGGCUGCCGCUGCGGGAUUUCUACACGGGGCGGGAGAUCCGGUUCGGGAUUGAGAAGCAGCAGAUCUGCGAUGCGUGUGAGGGGACGGGGGCGGCGGACCGGCAGGUGGUGACGUGCCCCAAGUGUAGUGGGCGCGGGCGGGUGAUCCAGAAGCACAUGCUUGCGCCGGGGAUGUACCAGCAGGUGCAGAUGCCGUGCGACGCGUGCCACGGCCAGGGCAAGACGAUCAAGAAGCCCUGUCCUGUGUGUGCGGGGCAGCGGGUUGUGCGGCGGGAGGUGGAGACGGUUGCGACGGUGGAGCCGGGCAUGGAUAAGGGGACGCGGCUGGUGUUUGAGAACGAGGGCGACGAGAGCCCGGACUGGGUGGCGGGCGAUCUGAUUCUGGUGUUGGAGGAGAAGGAGCCUGAGUUGGCGGCGGACGAGGCGCGCCGCACCGACGGCACGUUCUUCCGGCGCAAGGGCAGGCACCUGUUCUGGAGGGAGGUGCUGUCGCUGCGGGAGGCGUGGAUGGGCGAUUGGACGCGCAAUAUCACGCAUCUGGACGGGCAUGUUGUGCAGCUGAGCCGCAAGCGCGGCGAGGUCGUCCAGCCGCUUUCCGUCGAGACAGUCAAGGGCGAGGGCAUGCCCUUCUACUCCGAGGGUCAUUUGCACGAGCACCACGACCACGAUUCGGAGCCGGGCGAUCUCUACGUUGAGUACACCGUUGUCCUGCCGGACCAGAUGGAGAGCGGCAUGGAGAAGGAUUUCUGGGCCAUGUGGGAGAAAUGGCGCAAGAAGCACGGGGUCGAUCUCGGCAAGGACAGUGGCCGGCCUAUGCCUUCAGAGGGGAAAGAUGAGUUAUAAUGGUCUUCAUUUCUGUACAUCUGAUAGACUAGACGAGAAUGGGAUAAAAGUAACCAAACAGCCCGACC